AUGAGCCAGCAGGAUGUGGUCGCCGUGCUUUCAGAACGCCUGCUCAUAGCCGCCUACAAAGGCCAAGUGGAGAAUGUGGUGCAGCUUAUCAACAAGGGUGCCAAGGUAGCGGUUACCAAGCAUGGCCGAACUCCCCUGCAUCUUGCUGCCCACAGGGGUCAUCUCCAUGUUGUCCAGGUUUUGUUGAAGGCAGGCUGUGACCUGGAUAUUCAGGAUGACGGUGAUCAGACAGCAUUGCACCGGGCUGCUGUCGUAGGGAACACCGAUGUUAUAGCAACUCUGAUUCAAGAGGGGUGUGCUUUGGACAGACAAGACAAGGAUGGGAACACUGCUCUUCAUGAAGCUUGUUGGCAUGGAUUCAGUCAGUCUGCCAAAGUGCUGGUUAAAGCAGGAGCCAACGUUCUUGCCAAGAACAAGGCAGGUAACACACCUCUUCACCUGGCUUGCCAGAAUAGCCAUUCCCAGAGUACUCGUGUUUUGUUACUUGGAGGAUCUCGAGCAGACCUCAAAAAUAAUGCAGGAGAUACCUGUCUGCAUGUGGCUGCUCGUUAUAAUCACUUGCCCAUCGUUAGGGUGCUGCUCAGUGCUUUCUGUUCUGUCCAUGAAAAGAACCAGGCAGGAGAUACUGCACUCCAUGUAGCUGCUGCUCUAAAUCACAGGAAGGUGGUUAAGCUGUUGCUGGAAGCAGGGGCUGAUGCAUCUGUUGUCAACAAUGCAGGUCAGACCCCUCUAGAGGUUGCCAGACAGCACAAUAACCCUGAGGUUGCGCUCCUCCUCACUAAAGCAUCACAGGUCUCGCGCUUUAACCGUGGAAGAAGCCUGAGGAAGAAGAGAGAGAGGCUGAAGGAAGAAAGGCGAGCUCAGUCGGUACCACGGGAUGAAGUGGUACAGAGCAAGGGCAGCGUCUCAGCUGCUGACGACACACCGAGCAGCGACCAGCCACCACAGAGGAAGAGCGAUCUGAAGGAUGAACCCCGCUCAACCUCACCAGAUCCCAAAGGGAAGAAGAGCAAAAAGAAAAAGCCAAAGGAAAAGGUUUCAGCACUCUCGGACCCCAUCUCCCCAGCUGACCAGCAGACACUCCCUCAGCCCCAGCAAAAUGUGCCUAAGCGCAGAAGUAAGCAUCACUGCUCCUCUCCGCCCCCUCCCCACGAGGUCCGAGCCUACCAGCUGUACACGCUCUAUCGAGGAAAGGAUGGGAAGGUGAUGCAGGCACCGAUAAAUGGAUGUCGUUGUGAGCCCCUGAUAAAUAAACUGGAGAAUCAGCUGGAGGCAACGGUGGAAGAGAUAAAAGCUGAGUUUGGGACAGUACAAGAUAAGAUGAAUGUUAAGCUGGGCCAGAUGGAAAGCAAAACUCAACAUCAACUCCGUGUUUUAGACAAGCUUAUGGCUGAGCGGCUGUCCGCAGAGAGAACAGAGUGCCUUCACCGCCUGCAACAGCACACUGACCUGGAAAAAAAUGAGGGGGAGAAACGGCAGAUUUCCUUGGUCGAUGAGCUGAAGACUUGGUGCAUGUUGAAGAUUCAGAAUCUGGAGCUCAAGCUUUCUGGAGAUUCCAGGUCAUCAAGACCAAAAUCAACUUUGUCCACUUGUGAGUCUUCUGUAGGUACAGAGCAACAGUUAAUCGUUGGUGGACCAGUUUCUUCUGCCCCUGCUCAAGACGUCAGGCCAAAGGACAAAGCUGUUAGUGCCAGCACGUUCCACAGGUUCCAGCAGGAGCUGCCCUCCUCCGAGCUUUUGGGGUCCAAGUUAAGACACGUUAAGGUUCAAGCUGCUUUGCAGCCCUUGACUGAACCUGCAAAGGCUGAACCACAGAGCGGCUACUUCAUUGACAAAGGAACUCAGACAAAGAAGUCCAGCAAAAGUGGGCAGUCAAGGCACAAAGCUCUGCACCACGCCGCCGGGGCACAUCACAGCCAGGAGCAGCAGCCCUCCGCCCUGCCUGCGGGACAGCCGCCUGCCCCUCCGCUGAGAAACACCUCCCAGGCCCUGGAGAUAACACAGUACUUCUUCGAGGCUGUUUCCACACAGAUGGAGAAGUGGUAUGAACGGAAGAUAGAAGAAGCCCGGUGCCAAGCUAAUCAGAAAGCGCAGCAAGACAAAGCUGCGCUCAAGGAACAUAUUAAAAGCUUAGAAGAGGAGCUCAGCAAAUUAAGGACUAAGGUGCAGAAAGAGAGCUAGCAUCUACCAAGCAGGUAAAGACAAGCAAUGCGACUCAUUUUGGAACCCGCUGUACAGGAAUCUGGAAUAUUGUUAGAUAUAUGCAUUUGUAGUGCCUGGUACAUCCAAACAAAAUGCUCUUUUUCAGGAGUAGAAAUAACUUUGGAAACUCCAGAACCGAGGAGAAUUCAUAUGCAGACUGUACUGAUGACAACGAGAUGCUGCAGAUUAGAUCCUUCCUCUGUUAUUUCCAAGAGUCCGUUAAAUAUUGCACUCCCAAUUUCCAGGUGCUGCUUGAAAACACACUGCAUUAGAAACCAAAAUUGCUUUCUGAAAAAGGAAUUUCCUUAUUUCCACAUAGGUCAUGUGUGGCUAGAGGGUUUCACUGUAUGCUACAUGUAAACACGUGGCGAUACCAAUACUGAAAUAAAUCCAGGAUGUUUGAGAGCUUUUGACAGAAGUUCCUUAGUGAUGAAGGGCUGUUGAUACUAUUUUAGAUACUGCCCACGGCCUCCCUGUAGUCAGGGGAGAGAGGCUACAGAACCAACUCAAAUUACAAGCCCGCGUAGGUGACAGGUGCAGGCUUCC